UAAAACGAAAGAGGAACUAAAAUGGCGGCGGCUUCUCAGGCCGCGGUGGUGUGUCCUGUGUGGUCACGUGACUGCCGUUCCCCAGGAUAGGGAGGAGGAAUAUUCGCGUAUCUGUCGUUCAUUUCUGACGGACUUCCAUCGCAGACCCGGCAGCUGAGCCUUCAGUUCUAUUUUUUUUAGAACGGGGAGGGGGCGUGAACAAACGUCUCCAGCGCGCGUCGCUCCAACACGCUCUGCUUCCUCGCGAUUGGAUGCUGAGCGGGGUGGGGGAGAGAGAGAGAGAGAGAGGAGUGUGUAGGAUGGCACAGAACAAAUACCUUGCAGCAAAACUGAAAAACUAUUUGCGAGAAGACAAAAUUCAGCUAUGGAAACCUCCGUAUACGAAGAGCAACAAAGAGGCUGGUGAGGAGCUAAAGGAUCUCGCACUGCAAUACUCAGCAAGGCUAAAUUAUAAUGACAAUGAAAUAGAGGCCCUUCUGGAAGAAAUACGCUCCAAAGCUGUCGAACGAGGAAUGGGAAAUGAAGCUUAUAACACGACAGGAGUUGCGACGCUUGAAGUAGCCUUGCCUACAUGGAUGGGUAAAACAAGAAAAAAUGCGCUGGAGACGAGAUUGGUCAUCACAGGCAAGGACCUCAGAUCUCAAAUAGCACAGACAUAUGGAUUUGAAGAAAACUGCAUCAAAAUAAUUAUAAAUAAGAAGCAGCUUGACCUAGGAAAGACUCUUGAAGAUCAAGGUGUAACACACAAUGUCAAGGUUAUGGUGCUUGAGCUGAAACUGACCGAAGAAGAUACCAGAAAAAAAGUCCGGGAAGAGGAAAUGCAACAGGAGGAAGAGGCUGUGAAGAAAAAAGAAAUGAAUAAAAGGAUGCAAAGAACAAAAAAAGGCUUAGAAAUACUUGCAGAAAGAGAGGAUUCUUUAGAUCCUGAUAGAACACCUUACCUAGACAUAGCAAACCAAACCGGAAGAACCAUCAAGAUUCCUCCACAAGCCAAAAAAGCUCUUUUGUUAGCCAUGGGCUAUCAUGAAAAGGGCAGAGCACUGCUGAAGAAAAAAGAAUAUGCCAUGGCACUGCCGUUCCUGUUGGAUGCAGAUAAACACUUCUGUGAAUGUGGUUCAGACCUCCUGACCACUGUUGACAAUUAUGCCGUGCUGCAGCUGGACAUUGUCUGGUGCUACUUCCACCUCGGUCAGCUGGACUGCCUGGAUGAUGCUGAGAAAAAGCUCCUUGCAGCUCACGAUUGCUUCAGAAAGUGUUACGGAGAGAACUACGAAAGGCUGGUCACUAUAAAAGGAAGUUCUGGGAGAGAGAAAGCGUUAUUUCUAAGACUUUAUUUGCUUCAAGGAAUAAGCAAUUAUCAUAAUGGCAGAGAGAGAGAGGCUGCUGUACAUCUUCAGAAGGCACAUGGCUUGUUUCAAGAGUUGUGCAUAGAUCCUGACAAGAUCAGUAGCUUGCUACUUCUGGGAUUCUCUGCUCAGGAAGCUCGUCUGGGUCUCCGAGCUUGUGAUGGGAAUGUGGAUCAUGCUGCCAGUCAUAUUUCCAACAGGAGAGAGGAAAAAGCUCAAAUAAGAAGAGAGGAGAGAGCUAAAAGGAGAAAGAAAUUAGAGGACAUUAACUCCUUGAAGAGUAUGGGCUAUUCAGAGCGAGCUGCUAGAGAAGCUCUUCAUAACGCAAAAGGAGACCUUGAGCUAGCAGUUAAGAUUAUGCUUGAUAACCCCCAGCUACUCCUGUUGGAUGACGACAAUCCAGUGCCAGGGAACCAGUUUCAAGUUUCCCAGGAAAGUAUUGAUCAACUGGUGUAUAUGGGCUUUAAUCCUGAGGCAGCAGGGCAAGCUCUGAAAGUGUUUAAAGGCAACGUUCAGGUGGCCGUACAAGUGCUUGCUCGUUAUGGGGGAUCCCUUCCUGCUCAUUUACAGACCCCUCUGGAUAGCAUCACGCCUUCAGAUGAAUCCAGUUCAUCAAAAGACUCUCCUACGGAUUCUGCAGGCACCUCUGGGGCUUCGACUGAUGAAGACAUGGAAGUAGAUGCUGUCAAUGAAAUCUUAGAGGAUAUCCCAGAACACGAAGAAGAUUAUUUGGACCUAACUCUGGAAGAGGAAGAAGUUGUCAUUAAUGAAUACCUCUCUUACAUACAGCACCUGCAAACACAGUCCCAGUAGGCAAAUUUUAAUGGGUCCAGUAUCGGGGCCAGCAUUUUAUGGGCUCCAAUCCAGAAAAAAAUUAGUUGCAUGUAAGUCCCAGUGAAGUCAGUGGGUCAAGUUGGUCCUGGCUAACUUGACUAUACUUUACUUAGAUUAGUACUGUGGACUUUAAUACUUGGAUUGCAAAUAUGUCUGACCUUCUUUUGCCAAAUGCCUUAAGUUCAAUCAGUUGCAUGUUUUUUUAAACAUUGGCAUGUGUAAAAUCUGUAGUAGUAUCAAACUGGAGUGACACUGGAGAGUAAUACAUUUAACUGUAGAACAAAAAUAUUUAUAGAAUAAAUAUUUUUAUAGAGAGGCUCAAUAUAUAUAUUGGUGUGAAAUCAACCUAUUUAAUCAGUAGAGCAAAUAAAACCCAUUUUGCAUACAUUCACAAAGCCUAGAUUUCUUUUAAAACUGCAGUGAUCUGCCUGUGAGAACUAAUACAUAUAAUCCACUGUGACUAGCAUCAAUAUUUUCUGGUCGCAGAAUAUAGACCCAGGUGUGUAUAGAUUUGUCAGCUUUUACAGAGCUUUUUCUUUCCAUCUUGUAUUCUAAAGCCAGUUGUAUAUCUAUUGUGAGUGGACUUUAAAAGGCUCUUUUGUUCAAUCUUUGUCUCACCUAAUGCGUAACAACCAAUAAAAACCCCAUUCAUCACA